CCUCCGAUGCUGCUUGGCCUGCUGUGUUCAUCCAGCUCUACACUUUGUUAUUGGAGAAGGGGUAGUAGUUUGGAAACACGGAGUAGGCAAAGUUAUUAUAUUUUGACCAUUUUUGAAGGGCUGUGGCACUACCUGUGGAGAGAACAUUAGUUGAGGUUAAUUUUUCACUGAAUGCUCAGAUCAGUUUGUAGCUUUGAAAAUUGCUCACCAAUAUGUGCAUGUUUAUAACGUAUACCACUUUUAUUUCCAAUGUGAUGGCUUCUACUACCUUUGUGCCAUCAGAUAAUGUGAGCGUAGUCCAUCAAUUGGAACCUGCAAAAUAGGCUUUACUCUGGUCAUAUCUGCUUUCAGAAUUUAUUAUGGAACUGUACACUCAGUAUGUGCUUUGAUGCUCAGUCAGUGGGUCUGAAGUGGUUCAGUCUAUAAUGUUGCAGACAAAAUGGUGCCAGGUGGAAACCCCCUGUGCCUACCGUGAGUGCCUUGUGAAAACUAAAAUUUAUGCUGAUUUUCUUUUCCUUCCAGCCCCACGGAAACACAGUUAGCUCCUUUACUUGAUACCUUGUGAGUGUACAAUUGUCUUGCAUACGUAACCCACAUUUUAUUCCCCUUCUGAGCAGUAUUGCAUGGUUUGAUGUACAAGUGUAGCACAGAAUUGCCUCUGUUGUUGGCUGAUGUUGCUUUCUUUCAGGUCCUCAGCAUUUCACAGAGCUUCUUAACUUGGUAAAGGACCAACAGAUGUACAGUGAAGCCUUGAAGAUAUUCCCAGUAAACAGCCAGGAAUAUAAGGACAUAAGUAUUGCAUAUGGUGAGUAUCUCAAUGAGAAGCAGUACUACGAGCAGGCAGGGCUAAUCUUUGCACGAUGUGGGGAAUGCGAAAAGGCACUGGGUGCCUUCCUGCUGUGCAGCAGUUGGCAGCAGGUUUUCUGUAUGGCUGCUCAGCUCCACUACACAGAGGACAAAGUGGUUAGCAUCGCACGAACUAUUGCAGGUAAAUUGAUGGAGCAGCGGAGAUAUUCGGAAGCAGCACUGGUGCUAGAGCAGUAUGCUAAGGACUAUGAAGAGGCAAUUACAUCACUUCUAGAUGGUGCAGGCUGGGAAGAAUCACUAAGAUUGAUUUACAAGUACAGCAGGACUGAUAUUUUGGAAACUAACCUGAAACCUUCCAUAUUGGAAGCUCAUAGUAAUCACAUGGCAUUCCUAGAUGCACAGAAAACGUUAUUUAUACGUCAUAAAUCUCGACUGGCUGUUGUUCGGGAAAACAAAGAAAAAGAACAGGAAGGAUUUUUAGAUGAGGAAAUGGCUGACGGACCAAACGCAGAUCUAUAUUCAGAAGCUAGCAGUUUACAGUCAGCCAGCGGAAUGAGCUCCAAAUAUUCACACAGUAACUCCAGGAUCUCAGCACGAAGUUCAAAGAAUCGUCGGAAGGCAGAAAGGAAGAGGUACAGCUUGAAGGAGGGAAGUCCAUUGGAGGACGUGGCACUGUUGGAAGCAUUAGGAGAAAUUAUAUCCACUUUGGACAAAUUGACUGGUGAAGUGCACAGAUUGCUGAAGAUUUUGGUGCUCUUUGGAUAUGACAUUCUAGCUUCAGAGCUUCAGCAGGCUCUGGAUGAAACCCUACAGCUUGUGGAAAAAUCCAUCCCUGAAAUCUGGCUGCCUGACCUUAAAAAUGCAGCUGUAUAUCCAGUUCUUGGUCCUCAUUCAACAGCAAAUAGCAUCACUGCUUCCUUUCAACAACCAAGGAAUGGGGGAACACCUCAGCAAGAAGAAAUUUUUGUCCCUCCUAAACUCAAGAAGAAUGUGAAGUGGAAGCUAAAUAUUCUGUGAAGAUACUCCAGUUUGCAGUGUUCCAUUUUUGUGUUGUACGUCAUUGCACUGCAUGCAUUACUGUCAAUGUAGAGCAAUCCAAAGGCAAGGACGCUUGUGAAAAUUGAUAGCCAUGGUGGUUUUCCAUCAGGCAUGUGAUUAACCUCCUACCAGCUGCAGAAUUAUGAUGGAUUGAGCACACAACGACAUCAUUGUGACAAUCAGAACUGACAGACCUGUAAUCGAAGAGCAAGAUGUACUUCUACUGUUAUUGUAUAGUUUGGUUACAAAAUGAAAACAAUGCAAAUUGA